UAUUUUUGACAAUUCGAAGUAUACUGCUAUCUUUGCGAUGUUCGUAGACAGUAAGAUGUCAAGUUUCCGGUAGAAGCCGCACAUAACCCCAAUCCUAUUAACUAUAGUUACUAACUUUCCAGCGUAAUAUUCUGUACCAGCCUUGGGACGCUGGGAACCGAAGUGGAAUUCUAUUAAGUGAAAAUCAUUUAACUGCAUUUGGUGGGAGUAUUAGUGCUGAGGCGAAAUAAGUCAGACGACAUGCAGUAGUGCUGAUGCUGUUAGCAGUAAACACAAGUUAGACUACUCUCUAACCUUCAUAGGAACUGCAAGGAAAUUGGGAUCUCACUGAAGAGGAUGCCUUGGUAUUCUCAUCAUAAAUUUUUUAGUGGUAUACCAUCGGUAUGGGUCAAGCUUUAAUAAACUAAAGUGCACCACUUCUUAAAAAAAAAAAAACAAGAAUGUCAGUUGUAUUUGUGAACCUUUCAAAAAUAUGCUUAAAUUUUUUGCAAAACAAGAUCUCAUUUACGAAGCAAUUAGUUUAUAACACAAUGGUGAAAGAAAAUCCAAAGGCCAUGGUGAUAUGUGGCCCAUCUGGAUGUGGAAAAUCAACUCUAUUGAAGAAGCUCUUUGAUGAAUUUCCAGAUAAGUUUGGUUUUUCUGUGUCUCACACAACACGAAGUCCUCGUAGUGGGGAAGUGGAUGGUGUACACUAUAAUUUUACAACAAAAGAGGCAAUGAAAGCUGCAAUCAACAAUGGAGAGUUUCUUGAGUCUGCAGAAUACAACCAUAAUCUGUAUGGAACAAGCAAAGCAGCUGUUGAAAAAGUGAGCCAGAGUGGUAAGAUAUGUGUGCUUGAUAUAGAGAUACAAGGUGUGAAACAAAUAAAACAAACAAGUUUAAAACCUUUAUAUGUCUUCAUAAAACCACCUUCUUUGAGCACACUUGAAGAACGUCUAAGAGGUCGAGGGACUGAAAGUGAGGAGAGCUUGCAGAGACGCUUGACCAUUGCUGCUACGGAACUGGAAUAUGGUGAGACGCCAGGCAAUUUUGAUAUUAUAAUUGUCAAUGAUGUAUUGGAGAAGGCCUAUUCUGAGCUUCGAGAAUUUGUAUUGAAAGAACUGCAAAGAUGUAAAGACAUAGAUGGUGCUUCUGAUUCUUAGUGAAGCUAAAUAUGAAGGCAGAAAAAAAUCAUUCCAGUUUGAUCACUGUAGUUCCAUGCAUGUUUUUCAUAAUUAUUCUGUACCUGACAUAAACUGAUACCAAACAGUUGUUUAAACAGUGACAAAGGUAGCUAUAUUAGCUUCUACAAUAUAAAUUAUUUUUAGCACUCGAAUAAUAGAAUUGUAUAUUAAGUUGUCGAAUUGCAGGAAAAAUGAGGAUGCAAUAACUGUGUUGUUAUAUCAAAAUCAUUGAUCAGAUUGAACUGUAGAAGUAUUAUUGUAAUUAAUUGGAAGUUUGUAUUAGACUUGCUUCAGAAACUUUCUGACCAUGUACAUUUCUUGCCAGCCAACUUGUGAUAGCUUUAAUAACAAAAGCAGCAAUCAUGUACCUAAUUAGCUUGCCUGUAAUAAUACCGAUGAAUAUAUUAAUGUAUACAUAUUUUGUGUGCUCUUUAGAAAUGUGUUGUAGUGGUUCAUUAUGAACAUUAAAUAUAAAUACACAUAAGCAAGCUAUGCACACCACUAAAGCCAAGUCUGCUACAUUCCCUCUUAAAUAUUCAGAGCCGUAGCAACAAACAUAAAUGGAAACUAAAUAAAAUUAAAUGUUAAAAUUUA